AUGAAUUUGUUGAACCAACAAAAUAAAAGUAAAGUAAUAGAAUAUUUUGAACAGAAUUAUUCCAAUCAUUUUAUAUAUCAACCACCUUGUGACGAAAAUCAAACAACGGUUGUAUUGAUUGAUGGUGGCAUGUUAUUAGAACAUCGUCCAAGAAAAGAUGAUUCGAUAAUAACGUAUGCCAAAAAUUUAUUACAACAAAUAUUAGAUAAGAAUAUAAAUACACAAUUGCCAUUUACAAGAGAUGAAUAUGAUAAAUUUAUAAAAGAAAAUCAUGCUUUAUUAGCUCUACAAGUACGUCAUGCCUGGUUGAAAAUGCAUCCAAUGAUUCCGCCUGGAAAAUUAUUUUACGUUGGUGGUCCUGAUGAAGAUUGUUAUACACUUACAAAAACUAUAUGUAAAAAAGAUUUAUUGUUGUCAUCGAAUCAUAUUGAAUUUGACACACGUGUAUUUGUUCACAUACAAAAUAUUAGUGAUUACAAUUUGUACAAAAAUGUUAUUAUCGAAUCAGUUGAUGCAGACGUGUUAUUAUCAAGCAUUGCAUAUUCAUUAGAUUUUGUUGGUUUAUGCAUGACAAUUGAUCAAACAACAAAUACACAAAAAACAAAACAGCAGAAAAAAUAUGUUCAUUGUACCCCGAUCGCAAAAGUAAGGCUACAAACUAAUAUUUUUCGUUAG